UAUUUAUAAACAUGGUAAAGGCAUCUGUCUUGAGAAAGAAGAAUGAGGAGCAAUUGAACAAGGACUUAGAGGAGUUCAGAAAGAACUUGGCUGAGCUCAAAUUCAACAAAGCCUCUGCUUCCCAACAAAUGAAGGUAUCCAAGCUUAGAACUGUCAGAAAGGAUAUCGCUAGAGUUCUGACUGUUCUAAACACUAUGAAAAAGGACGAAGCUAGGGAGAAAUAUGCUAAGGCUAAGUACCAGCCAUUGGACUUGAGAGCCAAGAAGACCAGAAAAAUCAGAAGAAAAAUGACAAGACACCAGAGAAGAGCUACCACCCUCAAGGAGAGAAAGAGAGCCGAAAACUUCCCUCAAAGAACCUUUGCUGUCAUGCAAUAAGUUGAUAAUUACUUGAUAAAAAUCAAGCAUUAUUUA